CCCGCCCGCGCCCCCGCAGUGGCGAGGAACUACUUCCAGCUGCGGGAAUUCUCCUUCACACUGCGGGAUGACAUCUACGUGCGGUUCCAGUCCUUCGGCAGCCCCCAGGAGCUGGAGCGCGAGCUGCAGAGGACCAACCCCUACAAGAUCGACAUCGGGGCUGUCUACUCCCACCGGCCCAACCAGCACAACACGGUGCACCUGGGGGCCUUCCAGCCGCAGGAGAAGGAGCUGGUCUUCGACAUCGACAUGACGGACUACGAUGACGUCCGGACGUGCUGCAGCUCGGCCGAGAUCUGCUCCAAGUGCUGGACCCUGAUGACCAUCGCUGUCCGCGUCAUCGACCGUGCGCUUGUGGGUGAGGGUCAUGGGGACCCACGUGGCCCUCGUCUUCGUGUACUGGGGACGCGUCCAGACCACGCUCUGCCCUGCAGCAACGCCCAGACCCCAAACCCCCUGACCUGCCUGUCCCCCCAGCGGGCCGUGGGGGCUGGGAGGAGCUACGCGGACUGGGAGAUCAUGCUGCAGUACUGCUUCCCCCGCCUCGACAUCAACGUCAGCAAAGGCGUCGGGCAUUUGCUGAAGAGCCCUUUCAGCGUCCACCCCAAAACAGGUCGCAUUUCGGUGCCGCUGGAUCUGCAGAAGCUGGACCAGUUUGACCCAUUCGCUGUCCCCACCAUCAGCUCCCUGUGCCAGGAGCUGGAUGCGGCCGGUGAUAACGGGGAGCAGGAGGACGGCGGGGAGACGGAGCCGAAGCGCCGUGCGCGGGACUACAAGAAGACGAGCCUGGCGCCCUACGUGCGGGUCUUCGAGCAGUUUGUGGAGGAGAUGGAGCGUGCCCGGAGGGGAGAGCUGCUCCGGAGAAGCGACCUGCAAGGAGAAUUCUGAGGCCUCGCAGCCGGGGGCCGCGCUGGCAGCCCCACUCCUCGCCCCA